AUGCCUCCAAGAAUACCCACCGAAGCAGACUUCUCCCCUCUCUCUUCCACUCUCCCCCACAAACUCCAUUUCCCAAACCCGCCCGAGUCAACAACCUCCAUCCUCAUCCUCUUCCACGGCCUCGGCGACCACGAAGUCCCCUUCGCCACUUUCGCCCGCAACGUCUCUCUCCCAGGCGUCCUCGCCAUAUCCGUCCGCGGCACAUCUCCUCUCCCAGCGGCCUUUCUUCCCGACGCUGCCGCGGGCCAGAACUUUCACUGGGGCGACGACCUGAGCAUGGACACCAACACGGGCGACAUUGACGCCGAUCCGGGCUUCGACAAGGCGUCGAGGCUGGUCAUGGAGAAGCUGGUCAAAGGGACGCUGAUUGAAAAGUGCGGAUGGGAAAUGAACGACAUUCUCUUGUUUGGGUUCGGACAGGGCGGCUCCUUGGCUCUAGGACUGGCAUCUCGGCUGCGAACUGUCGAGCGCAUAGUUGACAUUUCAGAUGGCGACGAUGCGACGAAGCAGAAACUCGGAAAGACGUGUAAAGGCGUCGUUUCGAUUGGCGGUCCGCUGCCCUCAUCCAUGAUCCCCUCGUUGAGCAGUCGUGAAAAGAGCAGUACUCCAGUGCUGGUGGUUCAGCUGGAUGAAGAUGAGGCGGAUGCGGUUAAGAGAGAAUUCAAAGAAGUGAGGGUGGUUAAUUGGAGGAGGAAAGAGGUGGCCAUGCCAAGAGACAGAGAAGAAAUGUUUCCCAUUAUGAAGUUUCUUGCAGAUCAGCUAAACAAGGGCUACACAUAG